UUGGUUGUUUCCAUGACUACGAAAACCAGCGCUGCACCAAUGACUGAUCUUGUGUUGGACGACACAGCCAUUUUCGCUCUCGGGGGAAAAUAAUAUUGUACUGCGGUAUUAAAACAAGGAUUCUAUUCUCGAAAUACACACAGCCAUACAGGUUGGAUAGAAAUAAUUUAUUUGGUGUGUUGCACAGUUUCCCGACCGGGCACUGCAUUUACGGUUGGGGAAAACUGAUUAUCUUCUGUGAAGCAUUUGUGGAGCUGCGUAUUGUCUUGCGGAAGCUGGUCUGGGAUGCUGUCGGAAUAGAUAUCGAACUCAUCCCAUACUAGGCAACUGAUCCAACAGCAGUGUUUCCGCUCCAUGGACUGCCUGCCUGCCUGCCUGCCUGCCUGACUCCUCAAAAACAGGAUAGUGUAAAGCGCUGCUGCGACGAGACACCUUCAACAUGAAUACAGGUAAUGAGUCUCACCUGUCAGAUUCAGAUGUGUGGCAGUCAUACAGCGCCACGGAGAGCCUGAGGAACGGCGACGUCACCACUUCCUCCCUGGCCGCCAAAGGCUUCAGGAGCGUCAGGCCCAAUCUACAGGACAAGAGGUCUCCCACACCAGCCCCACCUCCUCCCAGUCAUAGCUCUCACCUGAGCCCUGUUGGCAGUUCCCCCUCAUCCUACUGCCCUCCUCUGCAUGGCCCUGGUGAAUGUUCCUCUAGCUCACUGGUCCUUAGGCACCGGUCCCACUCCUCAGGAACCAUGUCCUCCUAUUCACACUGCCCAGAGAACACCUCUCUCAACCCCAACACCAGGUUAACUGUACCAAGCACCAGUAGCUCCUCCCAAUCUGUCUACAGUCAACCACAGGGAUCCGGCAUGGUCUCCCCAAGACUAACCCCGUUGCAAGUUACCGAGAGCUCUUACACCCCUGGUACAUACCCCCACCAUGAGCCUGUCCUUAAAGACAAGCCACCCCUCCCCCAGAAAGAGAGACACACCUCCUCGCUGUCUAUCCGCAUCACCCCACCCACUCCCCUGGUGGUCACAGUGCCCCUGCUCUGCCAGUACACCCUCCCCUCAGCAGAGCCCCCGUGGACAGGACCCCAGGACACAGGGAUGGCUCUCCUGCUCUUUCCCCCUGCAGGCCGACAAGUGGUCCCUCCGAGACCCCCACACAGAAAGACAUCUCCUGAACCGACACUGCAAGCCUACCAGCCCCCCCUAGACAGGCCCUUUCAUAUACGUCUCUCAUCUGACCCCUCAAAGUCCCCCAGCCACCCCCCACCAGUCCCGGUGGGUCCCCGGACCCACUCCCUGCCCCCCCAGGGCCCCUCCACCCCCGAGCCCAGCCAGAGCGGGGCCAGCUCGGUCCUCAGCUGCUCCUACAGUGAUUUGUCCACUGCCGUUCUGGAGGAAGAGCUGCAGCACUGUGCCCUGCUGUGUGCCACCGACAGGAGUUCUCAAACGCCCUCGCCCACCCUCAGCCAGACGUCGGCCAUCACCGACGACACUGCGCUCACUGCCACUACCUACACCACCGCCGUCGCUAAUAACUACAUGGCAGUGAAUGGGAAUGGCGGGAUCACGGGCAGCUCCUACAGUCAUCUCCAGAGGCCCUUCUCCCCCAUGUCCUACCCCCCUCCUCCCUCACUCAGCCCCAGCCUUGGCCUCUUAACACAGGCCAGGAGUGCAGAGGUCCGCUCCCCAGGCUACCCCCGUAUGAGCCGCCCUCCCCCCGCCACCCCGGCAGAGGAGGAGUACCAGGAGGUACCAGGAGCACCAAGGGGAGGCGAGGGGGGGAAAGCCCCUCACCACGCAGGCAUCGGCCCUGUGGAUGAGUCUGGCAUCCCCAUCGCCAUCAGAACGACCGUGGACAGGCCAAAGGACUGGUAUAAGUCCAUGUUCAAGCAGAUUCACGUGGUACACAAACCAGAAAAUGAAAAUAUGGACCCAUAUAAUACCACCCACACAGUAGUGAAUACCGAUAGACAUCAUCGCUCAGCCCCAGACUAUCGGCCAGCCAAGUCCUUGCAGACCCAUGCUCCGCCCCAGACCCACACGUACCGGCCAAUGACCAAGAGUGUGUCUGACAACAGCACGUGCAAUGUCUUCAGGAACACAAAUUCCUUAACCUCGCCCUCACCCAUGCCCCCCACACCCCCUCCCACACUCUCAUCGGCACAUGUUCGAGAAAGGGAGCGCGAGAGGGACAGAGGCACGGUAGACAAAAACCAAUAUGGACCCCCUGACAGAAAGGUGGACACCAGGAAAUAUCGUGCAGAACCUCGGAGCAUCUUCGACUAUGAACCUGGGAAAUCCUCAAUUUUGGAGCAGGAGAUACAGAAUACUAGUAACUCAAACCCUACUGAGAUAGAUUUAGAGGAUGAGCCUUGGUAUAAGUUCUUUGCUGAGCUGGAGUUUGGACGUCCGCCUCCUAAAAAACGUCUGGAUUAUAUAGUUGAGAGUUCCCUCCAACAGGCCUCUACAGACAGGAACACAGACAGGUCAUCAAGUGUCCACAGCUCAACCAGUGACUACAGGAAGAGGAGGAAGUCCGAGGUAGCAGCCCAGCAGCCCAGACCAGCCAGCACCCUGACCACAAGCCAGAGUACAUCCAGCAGCCUGUCAGGGCACAAUAGCACCACCAGCCACCACCCAGUCUCCUGGCCUGUAGAAUCUCCCCGUAACAGCAGUUACAGCAGCGGCCUCAACUCCUCAGGACGGCCCUCUGAACCCCCACGUAGCAGUAGUUACAGCAGCGGCCUACGCCAGCCUGUGGCAAGCUCCUCCCCUGCCUCCCCCUCCAAAGCCAAAGGUGGGGAUAUUAGCAACACCUACUCAGCCCAUUUCAGUUGUCCAGGUCCCUCUCCAGGUCCCAACCACAAUACCUCACAUAACUCAGUGUUUCCUUGUCUUAAUGAUGAGGCUUUUGACUGUGUUGAGCCCCCUGAGGGCUCUGAUGAGAGCCCUCAUGUGUGCCUGAAGAACGGCUGGCAGGCUCAUGUCCAGAGCCAGAAUGCCGAGGCCUGGAGCUCUGCUGAGGAAAAGCCAACCUCUCCCAAACUCAAGUCUUGGAGCUGUGACGACCUCCUGGCAGAAGAUAGAGGAUGUCCGGGAGGUUCUGUAGGUUCACAGGUUCGCUCCGAGAGUGUAGACUUCCUGUCACGUGAGCAGCAGGGCAAAGAACUCAGCGUCUGUGACAGCCCCCUGAGAGAGCGAACCCAGCACCACUCGGCCCACGAUGCACCAGGCUUCCUCAAGCUGUACAAGAAGAUGCACCACAUCAACAGGCAGGAUCUGAUAGGCUCCCAAAGCUCCCAGGUCAUCUGCUCUGUGAAAGCCCGGAUCCUGGAGUACGAGAGCGAGCUGCACAAGGACCGGCUGGCCGGCUGGAGGGGCUACAGCGAAGAGGUGCCCCAGGACAUGGUGCACAACAGGAUCUCUGAGUUCGAGAGCCUCAUCCAGAAGUCUAAGUCUAUGCCCAACCUAGGGGGUGGGGGUGAGGGUGAGGUUAACCCGGGGGGCCCGUCCGGGAGGGGAAGCAGCCCCCAGCGAUGCUUCUCCAUCGAGUCCCUGCUAGACGAGGACCCCCCUGCCAGGAACCGCCCUGAGGGCCAGCCACACUACCCCAGGAUCAACACCCCCACUACCAACAACUGUGUGCCCAUCCACAUCCAGAUCACUGGAGACCACCACCACGUCUACCCCCAGAGACCAGCUUCCCAGCAGGAAGUCUACUCAGACAGUGAUCACGACGCCAUCAGGUCCCAUCUCAGUGACUUCAUCCAGAUAGAGGGAUCUUCCUUCUGUAGUGAGAGUGACUACGACCGCUGCUCUCGGACGUCGUCUGAGAGCCCCUACGGCUCAGGCCACUAUCACCACCAACACCGUCAUCAUAACCUUAACCAUAACCAGCAGAAGCACCUGGUCAGCAACUGUAAGGGCCGAUGCCCUGCCUCCUACACACGCUUCAGCACCAUGCUCAAACACGAGAGGGCCAAGCAGCUGACAGCCGAGGACCCAGAGUCAGCCCAGUCCAAGCUGGCCUUCCUUGUGAGUCCGGUACCGUUCAGGAGGAAGAGGGGCUCCCCUCCCCACAGCCACAGGCAGGCCGUCUCCACCCACAGCAGGCCCCCUCCCUGCUAUAAGAGCUCCAUGUACGAGGCUCUGGACGAAGCCCUGAGGGACAUCUAUGAACACAUCCGGGCCGAGAGGAGGAGGGGAAGCCUGCCCGACAACAGAAUCCUCCACAAGCUCCUGGACGAGCUGCUGCCAGACAUCCCAGAGAGGAGCUCCUCCCUCAGGGCACUGUGCAGACACAGCCCCAGCCCGGGACCCAGCCCCGUCCCUGGGCCCCAGAGCCAGGAGCAGGAGCAGCCAUACCCCUCCCAGCCUGACGGCAUGCCCAGCCCAACCUGCUACCAACCUGAGUACAGCCACCUCUCACACAGUGCCUCCUAUCACCUCACAGACCCCAACAACAACAGCCAUGUCUGUGAAGACGACUACUACCAAGACCAGGACCCCACCAGGGGCCACUCUUACGCUGAUGGGGGCCGCCACACCCCCCAGAUCAGGAUACCAACCCCUGAAGUCAGAGAGCCAGCCAGAGCUGUAUAUGACUUCAAGGCACAGACAGUGAAGGAGCUGACAUUCAGGAAGGGGGAGACGGUGUACAUCAUCAGGCAAAUUGACAACAACUGGUAUGAAGGAGAGCACCGUGGACUGCUGGGGAUCUUCCCCAUCUCCUAUGUGGAGAAAAUCCCUGUCUCUAAGAAGCAGCAGCCAGCCAGACCUCCCCCGCCAGCCCAGGUCAGAGAGAUUGGUGAAGCAGUGGCUCGCUACAACUUUAAUGCUGACACCAACGUGGAGCUCUCACUGAGAAAGGGUGAGAGGGUGAUUCUGCUGAGCCAGGUAGACCAGAACUGGUAUGAAGGGAAGAUCCCAGGGAGCAACAAGCAGGGCAUCUUCCCCGUGACCUACGUAGAUGUAGUGGUCAAGAAGUCCCCCACUGCCAAGAACCCCGCCCACCACUACCUAGAACCCUCUUCUUUACCCCAGAGCCUAUCCGCUGACAGGAUUCACCCUGUGGGUUCGGCCAAGGGUUCCUCUGUACGCCUCACCUCCCCUCCCUCCCAGCAGUUCACCAUCCCCACUCUCUCCACCUCACCCAAACCUUUGUCUCCCCUCAUCUUCCCCUGCACCACCCCUCCACUUCCAGGGGUGCUACACUCUCCCCCUCCCUACAACAAACAGUACCCCCGCCUGGAGCCUAGGUCCUCCAAGGUCAAGCCUGUAAAUGGUGAGGUUGUUGUUGUGGGUAAGCCCCCUCGUAGCCCCGUGAUGUCUCGGAGGUCCUGCGGCUCGCCCAGUAGGGCCCAGAGCUAUUCCCCGUCUCAUAGGCGGCCAUUGUUUACCCAAGAUGCCCUGAAUUGUGGUGGAGAGGCGUUCCAGGUCCUGUAUAACUAUGCUCCACGUAAUGAGGAUGAGUUGGAGCUCAAGGAAGGGGACAUUGUUGAUGUGAUGGAGAGGUGUGACGACGGCUGGUUUGUAGGCACAUCCAGAAGAAGCACGUUUUUUGGAACCUUUCCUGGAAACUACGUGAAGCGGCUAUAACCUUGUUCUCAUGAUGUCCAGCAAAACUGCAGUGGUUGUAUAACUCAGUGGGUGAAUAACCAAUAUAUUCAGACUGCACAAAAACCUUACAUUCAUCUAUGACUAGUUAUUUUCAUUUAAAAAAAAAACUUUUCCAGGAGUGACAAUGCAUUUACUAAUUUGAUGAAUAGGAGAAGAUAUGAACCCAGUGGCCUUGAAGGAAUAUAUUUCAUGUUUGAUUUAAGGGUAUUCUACUCUACUAACUGUGAGGAUGUCUCAGUGCAUACAGUGGAUGCACCAAAUAAGGUUGAAAGCAGAUUUGGUCCUAAACAAAUAUGAGUUAUUUGUGCGUAAUGAGAGUUAUUUACAGUGAAGGAUGCCUUAUAGACUAAUGGGUUUCACAAUAAUGAAGUAACCAAGUGCCCUAUUUACCAUGUAUUUAUUUAUACAUAAAUAUAUAUUUUUCUUGUUCUGGAAGUAUUCUAUAAUUGAUUAUGCUAAUGGACAUUAGGAGAGUGUGUUAUUAACCUUUUUGGAGAGGGGUUGUCCUCUUGCUUCAUACAGUUAAAGUGCAGGGGACCUGAACUUGGAUCUGUACAGGCAGGCAGAAAGAGAUGACAGUGUUGUUGUGUUAGUUUUAUACAGGCAAUUAGGGUUCCUCCUCAAUGCAUCCAUUAGCACAUGGCUUUGGACAGACACAUAGUUCAUGUAUUCAGGCAGUUACCUCUGACUGGAGCUGAUGUCUUGUCCGGUUUUGUUUUUCUCUCCUGACAUUCCUAUAAGUAUUCAUAAAAAGAAAGAGAAGACUUUUAUGUAAUUGGACAAUAUAUAUUUUUUAAAGGCAAUGUCUUCUUUUUACAACUUGGGUAGAGUGAUCUGUUAAUUUAAGAUUGUUCUUUAAUAUAUGAUCAUUUUACAAUGUUCUUCUUAUUGCGAACUGUCAAAUUAUUUGAAAUGAUUUAAAUAUCUUAGAGACAACUCCUGCCACAAAUCCUGUAUAAAAGUGUAAAACAUAUUUGAUGUCAUUGAAUUUACUGUCUGUAUGCAUUCAGCUCCAAAUCAGCGUUUGAUUUAUGCAAUAACCAUUCUCCCAAAUACCUGCCUUUCUGUUCUAGAACACAGAGCAACAAAAUGACAGAAGGAUUGGAAGUGAUGAUGUUGUUGAUGAUGACAUGUAAUAAAGUCAUCAUGUAACUUUGUGUUCACUACUGCCUAAACACACCAUACCAUAUAGUCUGUCCUGUACAGUGUAUGUCCCUGUGAUUAAAAAACAUCCACUGCCUCCAUCA